AUGAAUUGGGAGUUGCAGGAUCACUAUAAAGUCCUUGAAUUGAAAUGCGACGCCUCCGAUGACGAAAUUCGUUCCAACUUUAUCCGCCUUGCCCUGAAGUGGCAUCCGGACAAACUUAAAGAAACGGAUUCUGCUACGUCUAGGUUCCAAGAAAUCAACGAAGCUUAUCAAGUCUUGAGCGACCCCUUUACGAGGCAUGAGUACGACAAGAAAAGGAUGCGUCAUAUCCAUGAGCACAACAUGGUAGUAGAGAGAGUUAAUUUCCAUUCAAGAGCAGUUACUUUCAAAGCGUCAAGUUUGAUGAAUUGUCCCCAUUGUUUGUUGCAGGAACUAUUUAACCGGUACAAGGAGCUCAUAUUGACUUGCAAUGGCCUUGGGAUGAAGAACUUUCUUUGGUAA